GCUGCUCCUACUCCUCUCUCCACUCUCCUAGCUUCGUACACGUACCCACAACCGUGACGCCAUCGAGCCUUGCAAUUUGCACGCUCCCUGCCAAUCCCCGCAGAUGCAUGUACACGACUAGCUAGUCACCGGUAGGAAGAUACUGAUCGAUCGAGCACCCGCCGCCAAGUUAUCAUCCCACGGCUUGCAUAAAUACGCCACCGCACAGACGGACAUUACUGCUCGAUCCUUUAAUUUGCCUCCUUCCUGACUCCUGACGAGAGCUAGCUAGCCGAUCAGCCAUUGGUGGCCCGUGAAGCAGGUCGCGAGGUCACCGCUGGACGAAGAGCUUCGAUUCGUUCGCCGGCACGACACCCAUAUACCGUUGCUGCUAGCGGUGUGCGGUACUGGCCGGGUGUAGAGGAGCGUGCAUGGCGGCGGCGGCGUUGUCCUCUGCGGCGAAGGGCGCUCUUCUUCCGCGGGCUCGCGGCGCCCAUGGCGGCCUGGCGCGGGCCCUGCUGCUGGGCGGGGCGUCGGUAACGGCCGGAGGACGAGGAGGAGGCGGCAGCUCGGGCCUCCUGCGCCGGCGGCAGUCGUCGCUGCCGCAGCUGGACCACGUCGACAGGUCCGACGAGGAGAGCGGUGGCGAGAUCGACUGGGACAACCUCGGCUUCGGCCUCACCCCGACCGACUACAUGUACGUCAUGCGGUCCUCGCCGGAGGACCUCGGCGCCUUCCCCCGCGGCGAGCUCUGCCGCUACGGCAACAUCGAGCUCAGCCCCUCCUCCGGCGUCCUCAACUACGCCCAGGGGCUGUUCGAGGGGAUGAAGGCGUACCGGCGGCCGGGCCGCCCCGGCUACACGCUGUUCCGGCCGGAGGAGAACGCGCAGCGGAUGCAGCACGGCGCCGAGCGCAUGUGCAUGCCGGCGCCGUCCGUGGACCAGUUCGUCAGCGCCGUCAAGGAGACCGUUCUCGCCAACAGGCGCUGGGUGCCGCCGCAGGGAAAGGGGGCCCUGUACCUCCGGCCCCUGCUCAUGGGGAGCGGCCCGAUUCUCGGGCUGGCGCCGGCCCCCGAGUACACGUUCCUCAUCUACGCCGCGCCCGUCGGAAACUACUUCAAGGAGGGCCUGGCGCCGAUCAACCUCGUCGUGGACGACGAGUUCCACCGCGCCAUGCCGGGCGGCACCGGCGGCGUCAAGACGAUCGCCAACUACGCGCCGGUGCUCAAGGCGCAGAUGGACGCCAAGAGCAAGGGGUUCACGGACGUGCUGUACCUCGACUCGGUGCACAAGCGGUACCUGGAGGAGGUGUCGUCGUGCAACGUGUUCGUCGUCAAGGGCGGCGUCGUCGCCACGCCGGCCAUUAGGGGCACCAUCCUGCCGGGGAUCACGCGCAAGAGCGUCGUCGAGCUCGCCAGGGACCGUGGAUACAAGGUUGAGGAGCGCCUCGUCUCCAUCGACGACCUGAUCGACGCCGACGAGGUGUUCUGCACCGGGACGGCGGUGGUGGUGGCGCCGGUGUCGACGGUGACGUACCAGGGGCGGAGGCACGAGUUCAGAACCGGCCCGGACACGGUGUCGCAGGAGCUGUACACGACUCUGACGUCCAUCCAGAUGGGCCUGGCCGAGGACAGCAAGGGAUGGACGGUAGCAGUAGAUUAAGGCGACGGCAUGGGGCCAUGGAAGGGCCUCAACAUUCAUCUAGUAUUUCUUACUGCUUAUUAGAUUGGCCAUUGUGAGCAGCUAUUUGUAUUGUCAUCACCCAUCACCCAUCAGGUAGAAAAAGCAUGCAUGCCAUUGAUCAGCGUGUAGUAUCAGGGCGAUUGGAAAAUAACCGUGUGCGCUGAUGGCGAUUGAGCAGUUUCAUUGGUUUGAUCUCGCAACUC